CGAUUUCCAUCUUCCAGUUGUAACUAUAAGUUCUCUCUCUACCUCUCUUUUUUUCUCUCUCCAUUUUUAUGGACUUCCUUUGGGACGUAUUCUAAUUCUUCAAUCGCCUCCUCCAUCUCUCUCUCGAAGAGAGAUCUGCUGCUCUGUUCAGAUUCCGAUCGUUGCAGAGAUUUUUAUUCGGUCGGUCGGCUGGGGUCUCCAUGGGGAAGUUUGUCGAGAUUCUCGACGCUGGCGUCAGGAUUGUCGCCAGAUUUCAUUCGCAUUGUCCUCAGACUGCUAGGAUGUACUACCAUCCGCCGGCUAACUCCAACGAAGGCCACCACUCCGACCUCCAGGAGUUUCGUCUUAGCAGCGGCGAUGUGUCGUCUCAUCAGAUUGUUCCUUGCAGUGCCGCGGCCGCCGUUGUAGCCGUCAGCGCUGAGAGAAAGUAGGCAAGAAAUUGAGGGGAAAAUGUUGAUCUCGUUUUGUAAUGUGAAAAAGAAAAGAAAAGAAUCCGAAGCGAAUUAGACUUUCCAUUGAAAGUUUGUAAUUUAGUAAUUUAAUCUCACAUUCUUCCCGUGA